AAAAUUCAUUCUGGUAAGUGAGUUAAGAAAACGUGGACUUCGAAUUUGAACGUUUCGAACUUCUUCAACUGUUUGAGAAACGAUUUCUUAAAAUCUGCUGUGUCAUGAGCGUGGCAUUCCAUAUGAUUGCAUCAUAUUUUGGACCCUAUGUUGGACAUUGCACAACAUGACUUGCUACAAAGUGAAACUAAACCACAAUGCGGAACAUGGAAAAUUAAAUACUUAAAUAGAUCUCUACGUUUACUGUUAACAAAGCUUUUCUACUUUCAUACCGAUAUGAUUAUUUAAUAAUAAUUUCAACGGACUAAAUACUUCAGAACCGUUUUGUUAUACUUUGAUCGUUAAACAAAUGAUGUAAAAUUAACUGAAGCUGGAUUUAUAUUAUUUCUGUUUCUAGCUUACAGUUCAAUAAUUCACACUUGCUUCAAUUUCAGUUGUAAAUUGUAUCAUUUCAUCAUUCAUAUUCUUUAGGGGUAUUAUUGAUAACAUUCUGCCUAUAAUCCAAUCCUCUCCAUCUAUAUGCAGUGUUUCUUAAUUCCCGCACCGUUCCUUUUCAUUUAAUAAAUAUAUUUGUACGAUCACCAAUUGCAAGUUGUACGAAAUCGUCUCAGACAUAAAAACUUCAAAUUGUUAUUUUAAAAAAACAUGUAAUUCAUUCAAAACUAUGUAUAUGCUGCGCUUAACGACUGCUGCCUUGAUAGGUGUUUAUUUUGGAACAUUCCAAAAUACAAUUAGCGGUCAACAUCACACGCCCACCAGCAUAAAGAACUGAAUUCUCUGAACGCACUGAAACGCACACUCUGGCAACGAGAUAGCAUCCACAAGAAGUAUAAUAUUGACGGUCACGGCUAAACUCGAAGUCAGUUGUUUUGGUGUACGACAACAGCAGCAGGUGUACGCUGUGACGACGGGUGCCUAUCGUGCCCUUUUAAUUAAUCGGUUGUAUCCGGAGCUAAGAAAUUACAUCACGACGCACUCGAGCGUACCAUCCCAGUCCGCAUCGUGCAUCGUGUUGAACCUUGAAAGUGUUUGAAGAUGUUUCUAACACUAUUAACAACGCUGGUUGGCAUCGCCAUCAUUUGGAUGGUCAUUACCAUCAUCCGGAACCGUGCUAUGGUGGCAAAAUUGGCCAAACAACUUCCAGGCUUCGUGGUCAUACCUUCGAUACCGGUGCUUGGAUCGGCACAUCACUUUAAAGAUCCAACACCGGAGGGAAUUUUCGCUACCUUCACCGGCUUCCAUAAGCGGUACGGUCGGAAUCUCAUCACCCAGAGUCUGUUCAAUUACCCCUCGAUACAGAUCUGUGACCCGAAAGUGAUCGAGCAAGUAAUACAGGCGCGCACGAUCGAGAAAUCGAUCAUUUACGACUUUAUGGUGCCAUGGCUCGGUACCGGGCUAGUUGUAUCGACCGGUUCAAAGUGGGCCCAACGUCGCAAAAUCAUUACGCCGACGUUUCACUUCAAAAUACUGGAGGACUUUCUCGUGAUCAUGAACCACCAGACGGAUGUGCUGGUGGAGAAGCUGAAGCAGAGCGCACACGGUAAGGAUUUCGAUAUCUACGAGCAUGUGACGUACUGUGCGCUGGAUAUCAUCUCCGAGUCGGCCAUGGGCGUAAAGCUAAACACCCAGCUGCAACCUAACUCGGAAUAUGUGUUGGCGGUGAAAGAAAUCUCAAAUAUCAUCCUAAAGCGUCUGUUCUCUUUCCUGCGCGAAUACAAAUGGGCAUUCCAGUUCACGAAGUCACACAAUCGCCAAGAGGAACUACUAAAGGUGGUGCACGGUUUCGCGCAUCAGGUGAUAAGCGAGCGCAAGAAACAGCUGCAGGAUGAGCGUGAACUCCAACGGGCACAGGAAAAACUCGAAGAAGAGGACGUUUAUGGAAAGCGGCGUAUGACGCUACUUGAUCUGCUGCUAAACGUCACGAUCGACGGUAAACCACUGUCGGAUUCGGACAUCCGCGAAGAGGUUGAUACGUUCAUGUUUGCCGGUCACGAUACGACUACGUCCUGUAUCAGCUUUGCUGCUUAUUAUCUCUCCCGUGACGCUACCAUUCAGCAGCGUGCAUACGACGAAAUUCAGGCCAUUGUCGGUCCGGAUGCAAAGAGUCAAGAGCUUACGUACGGUACACUGCAGGAGCUAAAGUAUCUGGAGAUGAUUAUAAAGGAAACGCUUCGUAUCAAUCCGUCCGUACCGGUUAUUGGUCGUCGAGCGGCAGGGGAUAUGCUUAUUGAUGGUGUUACCAUACCGAAGGGUAUGGAUUUUGGCAUUCUGAUCUACGCACUGCAUAACGAUGAUGAACUAUACCCCGAACCGGCCCGCUUCGAUCCGGAACGGUUUAGUGAGGAAGCAUCGGCCAAGCGGCAACCGUACAGCUACAUUCCCUUCAGUGUGGGUUCGAGAAAUUGUAUCGGCCAGCGUUAUGCGAUGCUGGAGGUUAAAACAAUGCUGGUGAAACUGUUGGCCAACUAUCGAUUGUUGCCGUGCGACGCUAGUAAUCAGCUGCGUAUCAAAACAGACAUGACGCUAAAACCGGUCAACGGUGCGUUCGUUAAGAUUGUUCCAAGGAACCGCAUGCUACCGCUUAUUACUGUACGGUCCAGCUGUGCGAACGUUCAUUCAAAGUGCAUCUACGAAAAGAUGACGAUCAGUGUGCUACUACUCUUUGCUCUUCUACUGUACGCGAUCUUGUACAUCACACGGGUAGUGUUCCUGAACCGGCGCCAUGCGGCGGAUCUGCUGAAACAAUUACCAUAUUUUCGUACACUACCAUCGGUUCCACUGCUGGGCAGUGCCCACCUCUUUCUGGACACUACACCCGACGGUACACUGCGUACAAUGGUCGACUUUCACCAUCGGUACGGGAAGAAUCUCGUAAUGCAGGAGCUUUGCAAUAAGUUCACACUGCUCACGAGCGAUCCGCGCGUCAUCGAGCAGGUGAUACAGGCGAAAACGAUUAUCAAACCGAAUUUCUAUCGCUUUCUGCAACCGUGGGUAGGGCUUAGUAGUGUUCUAAGUAGUGGGUCACAUUGGGCCAACCGGCGGAAAGUUAUCAAUCCGGGCUUUCAUUUGAAGAUGCUGCAAGAUUUCCUCGGUACGAUGGUUACCCAGACGGACAUAUUGCUGGCUAAGCUGGCACCGCUGGCCGGUGGUCAGGAUAUGGACGUGUACGAACCGCUGCGGUACUGUGCAAUGGACAUUAUCUGUGAGACAGCGAUGGGUGUACGGCUGGAGUGUCAAUCCAAUCCCAAGGUUGAAUUUGUUGAAGCAAACGAAGAAAUGAUUGGCUUGGUGUACGACCGUGUCUUUAAUCCACUGCUAACCAACGAUACGCUAUUCGCCUGCAGCAGCGCUGGACGGCGGCAAAGACAAGCCCUACGAGUAAUUCACCAAUUUACGGAUUCCGUGAUUCGUGAGCGUAUGAAACGGAUAACCGUUGUUCCGGACUGGGCAUCGAGGGACGAAGAGAAUCGUACCUGUAAGAUGACAUUUUUGGACCUGCUGCUACAAACCCGCCUCGAUGGUGAUGAGCCAUUGUCCGAUAACGAUAUUCGCGGGGAAGUCGAUACAUUUAUGUUUGCCGGACAUGAAACUAUCACGUCAUGCGUUAGCUUUGCCCUAUACUAUCUGUCCCGCAACCCCGACAGCCAGCAGCGAUUGUACGAAGAAAUAGUGGCCAUUGGGUCAACAGACUUGACAUAUUCUUCACUGCUCGAUAUGAAAUACGCGGAGCUGGUCAUCAAGGAAACGCUACGAUUGAGCCCCUCGGUGCCAAUGAUUGGAAGAUUAUCGGCAGGCGAUAUGGUCAUCGAUGGUGUGACAAUACCGGCCGGUACAGAGGUGAUGCUCAAUAUCUACGUUAUGCAGAAUGAUCCGGACUACUAUCCAGAUCCCGAUCGGUUCCGGCCGGAACGAUUUGUCGAAGAGCCACAACCAUUCACCUAUCUACCGUUCAGUGCAGGCAUUAGGUCUUGCAUCGGGCAACGGUUUGCUAUGCUGGAGAUGAAAACGUUGCUGGUGAAGCUGUUGUCACGAUACCGGUUGUUACCUUGCGAGGAAGAAAACGCAAUGCAGGUGAAGGCCGACCUUACGCUCAAACCUUUUCGGGGAGCAUUUAUCAAAAUUGUUGAAAGGAAUGUAAAAUGAUACAAAACGGGCUUUACAAUAUACGGCACAGUUCUCCACAAUGUUCCUAAAAAUGGUUUGCUCAAUACUGUCCCACGGUCGUUAAGUCGUGAUGAGUUUAUGCCAUCAUAAUUAUGACCGUUGCACUAUCCGAACCGUAAAAACCAUAGCUCUCGGCCCUGUAACAGCCGUUGCGGUUGCCAUUGUCUGGUCUUGCUGGCGUCAAAGCGCCAUCCAUGCCUAAAGGGUAUGAUCGUGUCCAUUGUCCAUCGCCAUCACUUGUAAUCAAAUGCAAACAUCAACUACAGACGAUUUCUGUUGUGUACGCGAACGUGCAGCCCCCCAAAACAUACAUAUCUGUCCGUACAGGAUAUGAAGGAGUGUAACAUGUCCAAAUUCAAGCGUACAAUUCCGUCCAUCGAAUGUGUGCCCUUCAUCGGGACGAAAAUAGCAAAGAGAAGCGAUAUCGUUCCUGCUUCAAGAGGGGAGUCUCGUUUGUUAAAUUGAUAUCUUGCGGACUUUUUAUGAACCUAGCGCGUUUCGGUUUGUCUCUCGCUUCUGCUGUAUGUGUGUGGAGGCUAUUAACGUGCGUGCUGGUACCAUUUCCUGGCAACCUGACGGUUUCCGGUUUGGAAGGCACGUGAAGGGACAAACAUAAUGAACUGGGUAUAAAAAUGUUGAUUGCGUGCACAAUAUUUCUUUUGCUGCUUAAAUCAUCAAUAUGCGUUUGCUGGAGUGUAUGUAUGGGUAUGGCAAUUUCGAUUGCAGCAAUGGCAAAAAGGAUCGAAAUUUCACUUCACCACACGCUUGGUGAAGAAAAUUUCCUCUUUGAUGAAUUGGAAUGGAGGAUAGGGGAAAAAAAGUAUUUCAACAAUAAUAUACACAAUGCACAUAACUUCACGGCUUUUCUUUGGAUUGCACAAGAAAGAAAAGCCCGAUUGUCUAUAAAAGACUGUCGCUGUGCCAUCCUCGCGUAUCGUGUUUCAUCCAAUUUAUUUUUUCCCCGUUUUUACCCCAAACCUCAUAUGAAGCGUCCUGUAGCUAGUUCGGAUGAGACCGAGGGGAGCGUGGGGAACAUCAAGUCUGCUCGCUCCCAUAAUGAUUCGAUGCUGCGUGUCCUACCCAAUUUGAUGAAACGCACAACGAGGCAAUAUCCUUGACACAGUUACGAUUGUAUCCUUCCAGUGUACAAUUGAACCGUAC